AUGCCUCUACCCGUCAGGCCAUCGGCGAUGGCCUACACCUGCGCGCGCUGCUUGGUUCUAUCCCAUGCUAGGCGCGCCUUCUCCGGCUCUUCCAUCGCACGAGUCACACCGAGGCGCACCCAAGACUUCAACUCUGGCUUUACGAGUAGCUACGAUCCGACCGCCGACACCGGGCGCGGGCCCAUGUUUAAUAAGAACAGCUUCGGCGUUCCGCAGUUCUAUCCCCGAGAUCUGAAGAAGCGAGUCGACGAUUACGUCGUCGGUCAGGACCGAGCGAAGAAGACGAUAUGCUCUACCAUCUUCAAUCACUACCAAGGUGUGCGAAGAAGGAGACAUCAAGAUCAUGAGGAGAAGAACCUCAGGGAGAAGGCCCAGAGGCAGCGUUAUGCCCGGGAUAGGGAUGUCCACCCCGUCCAAGGUCAGCACGGUCGCCACUCUGCUUUCCAGCGCUUUGGGGCUGAUGAAGAAUGGCCUGAAGAUGACUUUCCUGGCCAUGCUGAAUCUACGCAGCAUUUGGACGAGGGAUACAGCUCGUCGAGCGGUUUCGAGGCUUCAUAUCUGGCCGAGGAGCCCGCAACCCCGCCGCAAGUCAAGAUUGACAAGAGCAACUUGCUCCUCAUCGGUCCUACCGGUGUCGGCAAGACGUACAUAUUAGAGACUCUGAGUAAGAAGCUCAACGUGCCGUUCACGAUAGCCGAUUGCAAUUCCUUUACCCAAGCCGGUUACAUCGGACAGGACGUAGAAGCGUGCAUAGAGCGAUUGUUGAUCGAAUCGAACUACGACAUCAAAGCUACCGAACAUGGCAUCGUCGUCCUUGACGAGUUCGACAAGCUGGCCAAGAGGGAGAGCAUGAAUGGGCGAGACGUCGGUGGCGAGGGCGUGCAACAAGCCUUAUUGAAGCUGGUCGAAGGCUCCAAGGUGACGGUGAAUGUCAAGGAUAACCGCUCCUCGCGAUCCGCCUCGCCGAUUACGACCAACUACACAUCGUCGAGCUCGACGUCGGCCCCGCAAUCCACACCGCCGCAAGGCAAGGUCGAUCAAUACACCAUCGACACCACAAACAUCCUAUUUGUUUUCUGCGGCGCCUUUGUUGGUCUCGACAAGGUGGUUGUGCGAAGGGUGUCCAAGCCGUCUAUGGGGUUCGGCUCCGAGCUGCGCGCAGCACAGGGACUUGCCGGCAACAAGCACGCCAUCCCACGAGAUCUGUUUUCGCAUCUGCCACACGUCGACCCGGAAGCGCCGGCGUCGGCGUAUACGCCUCUAGAUCUCACAACUCCGGUAGAUCUACAGGCUUUCGGGUUCAUACCCGAGUUGAUCGGUCGCGUGCACAAUAUCUGUGCUCUCAGCCCAUUGUCGCUGAAUGACCUGUUCAGGAUCUUGACAGAACCCCGGAACAGCUUGGUCGCUCAGUACACUGCGCUGUUCGAGACCUACCCCUCCCGUUUAUACUUUACCAAGAAGGCAUUGUACGCCAUCGCCGAGAGAGCGGCCAAGUCGGAGACUGGGGCCCGCGGUCUCAAGAUGGAGAUGGAGAGAGUUCUUGCCGAGCCCAUAUUCGACGCUCCUAUGCCCGGCAUUUCCUCCUUCGCCAGGGCGGCUCGCCCUUCCUUCGCGGCGAACGCUACCCGCCACGCCAUCAGGCCUUCCACCUUCAGAUUCCCCGCCAGCAGCAGAUUCGCCUCUACUGCCGGUGUCGGUGAUGGAAAGAUCUACCAGGUCAUUGGUGCCGUCGUCGAUGUCAAGUUCGACACUGCCAAGCUCCCCCCCAUUCUGAACGCCCUCGAGACGACGAACAACGACCAGAAGCUGGUUCUUGAGGUCGCGCAACACUUGGGUGAGAAUGUCGUCCGUUGCAUUGCCAUGGACGGUACCGAGGGUCUCGUCCGUGGCCGCCCCGCCAAGGACACCGGCGCUCCCAUCACCAUCCCCGUCGGCCCCGAGACUCUGGGCCGUAUCAUCAACGUCACUGGUGACCCCAUUGACGAGCGUGGCCCCAUCAAGACCACCAAGACUCUCCCCAUUCACGCCGAUGCCCCCGAGUUCAUCGACCAGUCCACCACCGCCGAGAUUCUCGUCACUGGUAUCAAGGUCGUCGACCUCCUCGCCCCCUACGCUCGUGGUGGAAAGAUUGGUCUCUUCGGUGGUGCCGGUGUCGGCAAGACCGUCUUCAUUCAGGAGCUGAUCAACAACAUCGCCAAGGCCCACGGUGGUUACUCCGUCUUCACCGGUGUCGGUGAGCGUACCCGUGAGGGUAACGAUUUGUACCACGAGAUGCAGGAGACUUCCGUCAUUCAGCUUGACGGCGAGUCCAAGGUCGCCCUGGUGUUCGGUCAGAUGAACGAGCCCCCCGGUGCCCGUGCCCGUGUUGCCCUGACUGGUUUGACCAUUGCCGAGUACUUCCGUGACGAGGAGGGACAGGAUGUGUUGCUCUUCAUUGACAACAUUUUCCGUUUCACCCAGGCCGGUUCCGAGGUGUCUGCCCUUCUGGGUCGUAUCCCCUCUGCCGUCGGUUACCAGCCCACCCUCGCCGUCGACAUGGGUGGUAUGCAGGAGCGUAUUACCACCACCAAGAAGGGCUCCAUUACUUCCGUCCAGGCCGUCUACGUCCCUGCUGACGAUUUGACUGACCCUGCCCCUGCCACCACCUUCGCUCACUUGGACGCCACCACUGUCUUGUCCCGUGGUAUCUCCGAGUUGGGUAUCUACCCCGCUGUCGACCCUCUUGACUCCAAGUCUCGUAUGCUGGACCCCCGUAUUGUCGGCCAGGACCACUACGACACCGCCACCCGCGUUCAGCAGAUCCUCCAGGAGUACAAGUCCCUUCAGGAUAUCAUUGCCAUUCUGGGUAUGGACGAACUUUCUGAGGCUGACAAGCUCACCGUCGAGCGUGCCCGUAAGAUCCAGCGUUUCCUGUCCCAGCCCUUCACCGUCGCCCAGGUCUUCACUGGUAUCGAGGGUAAGCUCGUUGACCUCAAGGACACCAUUGCCUCCUUCAAGGCUAUUCUGUCCGGUGAGGGUGACUCUCUUCCCGAGGGUGCCUUCUACAUGGUUGGUGACUUUGCCUCGGCUAAGGCGAAGGGUGAGAAGAUUCUGGCGGAGUUGGAGAACAACUAA